AUGAAUGUUGUGCAGCAAACAUUUGCUGAGCUAAGCAUUGAUGAGCCAAAGAGGAGAAUGGAAGGAAAGGUGUACUCCGUAAGUGGACCUGUUGUGAUAGGAAGUGACCUGAUUGGGUGUGCGAUGUAUGAGCUUGUUAAGGUUGGAAGUGAAGGCCUUGUUGGGGAGAUCAUCAAGAUUGAUAGGGAUCGUGCAACAAUACAGGUUUACGAAGACACAAGCGGGUUGUGUGUUGGAGAUGCGAUUGCACGGAUGGGACAGCCGCUGUGCGUUGAGCUUGGUCCUGGGCUGUUUGAAAGCAUCUAUGAUGGAAUCCAGAGGCCUCUUAGGGAAAUCAGGGAGACAACAGGAGGGAUUUAUAUUCCUAAGGGAGUGGAUAUUCCUGCACUUGAUAGGAGAAGGGAGUAUGAGUUUGUUCCGAACGUGAGUGUUGGAGAUUAUGUUGUUGGAGGCGACAUCUUUGGAAAAGUGUACGAGAAUAGCCUAAUAGAAACAAAAAUUCUUGUCCCACCGAAGGAGAAUGGAAAGGUUGUGUUUGUGGCAAGCAGGGGGAACUACACGCUUGAUGAUGUGGUGAUGGAGAUUGAGGGAGCUAAGGGAAAGAAGAAUAUGUAUCUGUACCAUACAUGGCCUGUAAGGAUUCCAAGGCCUGUGGAGGAGAAAGGAAACGCGACACAUCCGCUGUUUACAGGACAGAGGAUUCUUGACUCACUGUUUCCGUGUGUUCAAGGUGGAACUACGGCGGUUCCUGGUGCUUUUGGAUGUGGAAAGACGGUGAUCUCGCAGUCACUGUCGAAGUACUCAAAUUCUGAUGCAAUUGUGUAUGUGGGAUGCGGAGAGAGGGGAAAUGAGAUGAGUGAGGUUCUGAUGGAAUUUCCAAAGCUGACAGUUGCAGGAAAGGAAGACAGCAUUAUGAAGAGGACUGUGCUUGUUGCAAAUACAUCGAACAUGCCUGUUGCAGCACGAGAGGCAUCCAUAUACACAGGAAUAACGAUAUCUGAGUAUCUUCGGGACCAGGGCAUGAAUGUGUCGAUGAUGGCAGACUCAACGUCUCGGUGGGCAGAGGCGCUGCGAGAGAUAAGUGGAAGGCUUGCUGAGAUGCCGGCAGAUAGUGGAUAUCCUGCAUAUCUUGGAGCAAAGCUUGCAUUUUUCUACGAGAGGGCAGGGUCUGUGGUGUGCCUUGGAUCACCAAAUCGGAAAGGAUCUGUGACCAUAGUUGGAGCGGUGUCGCCGCCUGGAGGAGACUUCUCUGAUCCGGUGACCUCAGCAACGCUUGGAAUAGUACAAGUCUUCUGGGGCCUUGAUAAGAAGCUUGCACAAAGGAAGCAUUUUCCAUCAAUCAAUUGGAACCUGAGCUAUUCGAAGUAUUUUUCGAACUUGGAGGCAUACUAUGAGAGCGUCGAUGCAGGAUUUACAGUUAACAGGACGAAGUGCAGAGAGAUUCUACAACUGGACGACGACCUGUCUGAAAUUGUGCAACUUGUGGGAAAGAACGCACUCUCAGAGACAGAGAAGCUUAUUCUUGAUGUGUCGAAGAUGAUAAAGGAGGACUUUUUGCAACAGAAUGGAUAUUCAAGCUAUGACAACUACUGCCCAUUUACAAAGACCAGGCUGAUGCUCAGGAAUAUCAUAUGGUAUUUUGAUAAGUGCAAGGAUACUAUUACUAAUCAUAAACUGAGUUGGUCAACGGUUAGGAAGGAGAGCGAGGAGGUGUUUUAUGGGCUAAUGAAGAUGAAGUUUGAGAUUGCAGAUGAUGGGAUGGAAAGCAGGCUUGACAGGCUGUAUAAGCAGAUAGAAGAGGUGUUUUCAAGGAUGUUAGGAUAA